UGGCUGGUGAAUUUCUUUGGCUCCCUGUCUGUUGAAGAUUCCGUCGAGUGCCUGCGAGCAAUGUUGUCUGCCAACAUCCGCCAAAAUCUUCAGCUGUGCGUCCAGGUGGCUUCCAAGUAUCACGAACAGUUGGGCACACAGUCCCUUGUGGAACUGUUCGAGUCCUUCAAAAGCUACGAAGGACUCUUCUAUUUCUUGGGUUCUAUUGUCAACUUCAGCCAAGACCCAGAUGUCCAUUUUAAGUACAUCCAGGCGGCUUGCAAGACCGGCCAAAUCAAAGAGGUCGAAAGGAUCUGCCGCGAAAGCAACUGUUACAAUCCAGAACGAGUGAAGAAUUUCCUGAAGGCUUAAGCUGCUCCUGCCUUGGCUGGAGUCUCGGAUUCACGAAGGCUGCGAAGAGCCGGCAACGCACAACGCCCUGGCGAAAAUCUACAUCGACAGCAACAACAACCCCGAGCGCUUCCUGCGGGAGAAUCCCUUUUACGACAGCUGUGUUGUCGGAAAGUAUUGUGAAAAGAGAGACCCUCACCUGGCCUGUGUGGCUUAUGAAAGGGGGCAGUGUGACCUCGAGCUCAUCAAGGUUUGCAAUGAGAAUUCUUUAUUUAAAAGCGAAGCUCGUUACUUGGUGCGAAGGAAAGAUCCAGAAUUGUGGGUCAGUGUUUUGGAGGAGAACAACCCCUUCAGAAGACCCCUCAUUGAUCAGGUUGUCCAGACGGCGUUAUCGGAAACUCAAGAUCCGGAAGAGGUUUCUGUGACGGUGAAAGCAUUCAUGACAGCCGACCUCCCCAACGAACUGAUUGAGCUGCUCGAAAAGAUUGUCCUGGAUAAUUCUGUCUUCAGCGAGCACAGGAAUCUGCAGAACCUCUUGAUCUUGACGGCCAUCAAAGCCGACCGCACUCGGGUGAUGGAGUACAUCAACCGGCUGGAUAACUACGAUGCUCCCGAUAUCGCCAACAUCGCCAUCAGCAAUGAGCUCUAUGAGGAAGCCUUCGCUAUCUUCAGGAAGUUCGACGUCAACACUUCCGCCAUUCAGGUGUUGAUAGAACACAUCGGCAAUUUGGACCGUGCCUAUGAAUUUGCCGAGAGGUGUAACGAGCCAGCUGUGUGGAGUCAGCUGGGCAGAGCCCAGCUUCAGAAGGAUCUGGUUAAGGAAGCGAUAGAUUCCUACAUAAAGGCGGAUGAUCCUUCUGCCUAUAUGGAGGUGGUGGAGGCAGCCAACAGAAACGAUAACUGGGAGGACCUAGUCAAAUUCUUGCAAAUGGCCCAGAAGAAAGCCAGAGAAUCUUAUGUUGAGACCGAACUGAUUUUUGCCUUAGCCAAAACAAACCGACUUUCAGAGCUAGAAGAAUUUGUCAGUGGCCCUAACAACGCACACAUACAGCAGGUGUGUUUUGCCUGCGUGAAUGGAAAGGAGUUCCGCCUUGCGCAGAUAUGCGGCUUGCACAUCGUCAUUCACGCGGAUGAACUGGAAGAACUGAUAAGCUACUACCAGGGCCGCGGAUAUUUUGAGGAGCUGAUUGGUCUCUUGGAAGCCGCUCUCGGUCUGGAACGGGCCCACAUGGGAAUGUUUACCGAGCUUGCUAUUUUAUAUUCCAAAUAUAAACCCCAGAAGAUGAGAGAACAUCUGGAGCUGUUCUGGUCCAGAGUCAAUAUCCCAAAGGUUGCCAAUGUGGAGUUGUAUUAUAGAGCCCUUCAAUUUUAUUUGGAUUACAAGCCGCUGCUGAUCAACGACCUCCUCCUCGUAUUAUCUCCACGGCUGGAUCACACCAGGACGGUCAGCUUCUUCGCCAAGGCCUCACCUUAGAUGCUCAAAGUAAACCGUACUUGCUUACUGUGCCAACUGAAGAGAAGGAGGCCCUGGUACGUCAGAGUGGUUUCCCCGUGCUAUUCUAUAAAUAUUCCCCCCAUCUGCUCUAUUGCUGACGCCCUCCUGUCGUCCCAUGGACUUUCUUGGCCCUCC